AUGUCAAAAAAAUUACCAUCUCCUGUUUACACAUUGAAAUGUGAAAAAUACACUCCAUACUGCUUGAAAUUCUAUUUAGAUGGCGAAAUUCUCUAUGUCGGUACUCUGAGCGGAGAAAUACUUGUCUGGAACAUGGAGUCUAACCGUUUAAAAAAUGAAAUUAAAGCUGGCACAGUGUGUAUAAUGACUCUUGAGCUGUUGACUAAACAAAAUCAAUUAGUAUCGCAUAAUAAAGUCGGCGAAAUAACAUUUUGGCUGAUAGAUGGCAUAGAACUCAAGCUCCAUCACAGACUAUCAACCCAAAUAAUUGGGUUUUGUAAAUUGGCCUUGUACAAAACAAACAUGUUAUUGUGCAAAGGAGAAAAUUCUACGAUGCAUUGUUACUCCACUGACACUUAUGAUAAAAUUACUGUUUUUAAUCCACACCAAGACGAUAGUUUGGGAGAUCUGAUGGUUGUAAAAUCAAUUGCUGAUUAUGUGUUUUGUGGUUAUGAAGCUAAUAUAGUUGUUGUAUGGCGAGAAGACUAUAUCGUUAAUCAGUGUAGCUUUCCUGAACUUGAAUGUUUAAUGGCUCUGGAUGUGGAUCAUAAUGUAACCAAAGGUAUUUGUGCUGGUAGUUCAAAUGUGAUAAACACAUUUUAUAUUACAGAUGGUAAUCUAAGUUUGGAUAGAAACAUUAAGAUUACAAAUCCUGGUGUUAAUGCUUUGCAGUUAAGACCUGACGAUAAAAUAGUUGCUGCUGCUUGCUGGGAUUUAACUGUAAGACUAUUUUCUUGGAAGACCAUGAAACUCUUAGCUGUUUUGGAUUCCCAUUCAACUGGUGUCAUGAAUAUUGUAUAUUCCGAAUUGUCGGUAGCAUUUUGGAAAGCCAAGUACAUGCUGGCUGUUGCAAAUAAAGAUAAUAAAAUCACUCUUUGGGAUGUAUACAAUGGAAAGGAUAACAAUUAA